AACGGUCGGGGUUGGACAGUGUUGCACGAAACCUUGCCACUCACGACGGCGGUCCGUCGACAGAUCCGCGCAAACAAAUAAUUCGCGGGUGCUGUCCGUUUGCGAAGUUUAUCGCAGCGAACUGUAUACCUGCGCAGAAACGUGGCGCGAGGGAUACAUUUACACACCUAUCAUAGGUUUGCGAUCUGGAUCAACAACGGUCGAUCCUUAACCUCAAUCACCGCGAUAGAUAGGCAACAUGUCGCGUUUCAACGACAACAGUCUGUGAACGUGUGAACGUAGUGCGGACGUGAGAUUCAGGUGAGCAAUCAGGAGGCCGAAUUUGGCCUUGUCCAGGACACGUUCACGUGCAUCGUGUUGUGCUACUUUGAUAGGUUCAGGUGUACGUUGACCCAGAAGUAGUGAGUAGUGUAUUGAACGAAACGGACGAGAGAAACGAAAGGUAAUCCUGGCACGAUGCAGACUACGGGAACAAGGGGACCUACUCACCUGGUCGCCCUUUACGUGGCGACAGCCGGUCUUCAGGGUAAUGCUCUUGGAUCUGACGAAGAGGAGAUCACGUUGUUGGUUUACGUGCUGAUCGAUGUGCUGCAAAAUAAGGUGGUAGGAACGCAGCAGUACAUUGUACGACCGAUGGUAAUGGACGAAAGUUGCACACCUGGAACCGGUAGCGACAAUCCGGCGGUUGCCGGAAGUAGCGGAAUCAUCAGCGAAGCAGCGCUGGCGCAUGCUCCGACGUUAACCGAAAGAACAGUUCGAGAACACGGCAUUUCUUUGGAGCAAGCUAUCAAACAGUUCGAAGCAUGGUGGUCAUCCAUGUCGUGCGUGACAUCCGGUACCGCGCCACGUUUCGUCGUAGACGGCCAGGCGCCUAUGAGGCAAUGCUUGCAUCCAGAAGCGUGCAACAAAGAAAUCGACCUGCCUGAACAUUACACCCUCUUUCAUGAUCUACGUAAGGAAUUUGUUGCCUGUUAUUCCACCCAUGGAGAACUCGCGACGCUUGGAAUACAGGAGAUGCUGGAAUAUUUCGGUUUGCCACCGGACACCGAGAACGAAUAUCAUGUAAAAGAGAUACAGGAUAUGAUCUGUGUGAUACAGAGAAUGAUUAAAGAUGGGCACAUCUUCCAAAAUCCUGAAGUAGUUAAUAUUAUUUUAGAACCUGGUAUAUGCUCAAAAGAUGAAGAGGUUGAUAAUGGCUGUGUAGUAAGAGCACGAGGUCUUCCUUGGCAAUCUUCUGAUCAGGACAUAGCAAAAUUUUUUCGGGGCCUAAAUGUUGCCAAGGGUGGUGUAGCUCUGUGUUUAAGUCCUAUGGGAAGACGUAACGGCGAAGCAUUAGUACGAUUUGUUAAUAAAGAACACAGAGACAUGGCACUGAAAAGACACAAACAUCAUAUGGGAGGGAGGUACAUAGAAGUUUACAAAGCAUCUGGAGAAGAUUUUGUAGGUGUUGCUGGGGGAACAAGCGGAGAAGCUCAUGCAUUUUUGUCAAGAGGAGCUCAAGUUAUUGUAAGAAUGAGAGGCUUGCCAUAUGACUGUGUAGCCAAACAAGUGUUGGACUUCUUUUUGACAGGGCAAAAGCCUUGUCACGUAUUAGACGGAGAAGAUGGGGUUUUAUUUGUAAAGAAACCAGAUGGUAGAGCAACCGGAGAUGCUUUCGUUCUUUUUGCAAAAGAAGAAGAUGCUGUGAAGGCCUUGAGCAAACACAGAGAUUGCAUUGGUAGUCGAUACAUUGAACUUUUUCGAAGUACGAUCGCCGAGGUGCAACAGGUUUUGAAUAGGGCGAUUGACCCAAAACAGGUGGUACUUCCGACGCCACCCAUUCCGCAGCUUCCUCCUAUACUUCCACAACACAUUAUCACUUCCGGUACGCGUAAAGAUUGCGUUAGAUUACGCGGUCUGCCUUACGAAGCUCUCGUAGAGCACAUUCUCGAGUUCAUGGGCGAACAUUCUAAGAAUAUCGUCUACCAAGGUGUUCAUAUGGUUUACAAUGCUCAAGGUCAACCUUCUGGCGAGGCGUUCAUUCAAAUGGACAGUGAAAGUUCAGCGUACGCGUGUGCUUCGCAAAGACAUCAUCGGUACAUGAUAUACGGAAAGAAGCAGCGAUACAUCGAAGUGUUCCAAUGCAGCGGGGACGAUAUGAAUCUGGUAUUGACAGGUGCAGUAACUCCACCGUCAACCAAGGCUCUGCUAUCACCCGGAGGCACGAUGUUGCCACCACCACCGGUCGCUAUAUUUCCACCUGCUGCUGCGAUGCUACCACGUGGACCACCACAGUUUGCGGCACCUUAUCCACCUCCAAUUUUUUAUUGGCCUUAUCCCUCGCCACCAGUCAGCCCCACUAAUUAUUAUAAUCCGGCGAACGUUGGUGGUAUCGCGGCGAUUCCUCAGCAAGCGGCAUUGUUAACUCCAGCCGAAUGCUUGCAAUUAGCACCAGGGACAACGGUACCUGCGACGACCACACCAACGGCAGAUCAACGCAUCGAAGCAUUCCUCCCAAGAAUGGAGAUGGAGAAGCGUGUACCUCUUCCUGCACCUCCACAGGCAGAGUGCAAUCCUUUCGUCGAAGUUUUCAUGGUGUGAUCCUCGACUCGAUCCGCUUUGAACGCUUGCCGCGUUGAUUUUUUUUUGGCAAAUCCUUAGCCUCGCACGACAGAAAUUGAAUGUUACGUCUUUUCUGCUACUCGCAAAAGAGUACCGUGUUCUUGAAUGUGCGUAGAAAUCUUCAUCCUCAUCCUUGAGGAACCAAGUCUCGAGAGGUAUUCAAAUCCUGCGACAGGAUUUAUCUUUCUGAUCCUCGACGGAAGCUCCCUUACCGCAAAUCUAACGCGCCACCGAGUGGCACGUUUCUUUCUAGUCUAGAGACAGAUGCAAGUCGUCGUAGCAUAGCACACUGACGUCGUUUCCUUCUCGCUGUUUUUUUCAGUUUCUCUGGAAUUAAAUAAACCCUUUAUUCUUGGGCCUCGAUUUUGCAAUUCCUUUGUUACGUAUCUAUUGUCGUCGCUCUAAAAAACUGUGUCUACAUUGUAUAUCAUUGUCGUUUUGUUAUAUAAUAUAGGCACAGUCUUAGGUAGUUGAUAUUUUGAAACGUUACUAGAUAUUCCAUGUGCAAUUGACCAGAGAAUUGGAUUAUCUGGCUGUUCUGAUAACAUGAAGGUCUCGAAAUAAAUGAUGUUGAUCGUUUGUGAUUAGGCCAGCUAAUUUGGUGAUCACAGCACAAACGAUUUUAAAUGUGUUAACGACGUAAUUUGUACAAACUUCUUGAAUAUCUUGUUCCGAGUACCAAGCUGUGUUCUUGCGCUCGAUUGUGUUGACCACUUUGCUCAACACAAAGUAAAAAUAGUUGUAAUUGUUGAGAAAAAAGAAAAAAAAAAAGAUGAACGCGUAAUAGCAUGUCUAUUUUAAAAAUUUUAAUUAAUUUAAUUUAAAGUUUUAAUAUAAAAAUUUAAUGUAUAACUUUAUCGCUCAUCGUUGUUCGAACGAGGUACGUUGUUACUCGUUGAUUUGCUAUAGAUUUCAAUUAUUAUUAAUAUUAUUAUUAUUACUAUUAUUAAUAUUAAAUAAGUUAUUCGACUCCAAAGUGACGUCUGAUGUUAGCUUUCGUACCAUCGGUUUGCUUGAAUCGCUGUAGGAAGCUAGGAAUCGCAUAGUAAUGCGUUUAUAGUUUUUCAUCAUCAAAUCGUGUCACCUAAUGAUAUACUUCGAAUCAAUUUUCUAUUUCAAUUUUAGGUAUCUUCGAUACAUUACCUAAUCGCAGUUCAUUCCGUGCACUUUUGAUCAAAGUCAAAUUGAAGAUAUCAUUCUUCAAUGCUUUUGGGAAUAUUCAUUUUUAUGUUCCUGUUCCUUUAAUGGCGCUCGUGUACAAAGGUGCAAUUUUAGAUGUAAAAGAGUAGCGUUUGAAAAGUCAGGGUGACUUUAGAAUUAAAUGCAUUCGAUAGAAAGAUACUUUACAAAUUAUCUUAUAUUUUAAACGUGUUUAUCGUAAUGCAGACAUAUUACACGUGUAGACAAAUUACAUAAGUAUAUUUACAAAUAUUACGAUUAAAUAUUCAAAUGAACUCGAAUAAUCGAUAAUCGACGUAUAGUUGUAUUUGACAAUGUACGUUUCGAUUUCAUAAUAUCCAAAUUACGUGACAUCAUUUGAUUUUUAAUUAAAUGAAUGCUAUUGUGCGUAUAUAAGGCAUAAAAUUAAGAAAGAACGAAAGAUUAUAUUGAGAGAAAUAUCUUUAAAGAUGAGUUAUCGAAACUCUCGAUUCAAACGUACCUGAAGUUGUCUAUUUGAACGUACGCGCCAAAACUAAUACUGUCAGUGACACGUGAUUUGUUGUAUUUUGUUCAGCGAUUCCUGUCGCAAUGAGAAGUGCAAUUAAGAAUUGUCGAAGUGAUUAAUAAAAUAUACGAGUGCUACGAGUUAAAAAUUUUAUCGGCUCGUGUAUAGACGAGAGUUUACAAUUAAGUGCAUUAAAGAAAUAAAUGUACGCGUAAUAGUACUACCAGGUUAACGAGCACCGCGAAUAAACUGAUCUUGUUUCUCGUUA